UUUUUUCCCUACCACCCAAUCUCCCCUCAACCACUUCCAUCCGUUUAUUUAAUCUGUCAUUGAAAUCGCGCUUCUUCGAAACCGCUACCCUUCUCUCCUCUAUUCUGUUCUAGAUACUGAAGCCAUCAUGCUCAUCACCCGCGGAUUCUCCCUAACGAACUUCGUCAUCGCCAGCUCGGCCCUCUGUUUCCAGGUCUUUGUCCUCUAUCCCUGGCACCACAAGCUCGAGGACGACUUCAAGGAGCUCAAGCAGGAACACUUGCGGCUGCUGAAGGAGAAUGAGGAUAGCCGGGUGAAAGAAUUGAAGAGUAUCAAGGAACAUCUCGGUCUCCUCCACCAGAAGGCUCAAGCGGUACAACGUGCGGUGAUAUCCACGAGUAUGAUCGGCUGGAAAAGACCAGUCGUGCCAGAUCAAUAUCACAUUUAA